AUGACCAACAGCAGCGGGGAAUGCAAUUUUACAGACAUUGACAGAUUAGCAAAGACCCUGCAGUUGGGGAUCUCCAUCCCCACCUUCAUUCUCGGGCUGGUUCUCAACGCCCUGGCCCUCUCCGUGUUCUGCUGCUUUUGGAAGAAACAGACCAAAACCUCAGUUUACAUGAUCAAUCUCGCACUUGCAGAUGUCUUGCUGCUUCUCUCGCUCCCGCUCAAACUGUACUACUCUACCAGAGCAGCGCCUGGACUCCUGUGCUCAUUCAUAGAGUCUCUCUAUUUUGUCAACACAUACGGCAGUAUCUUCAUCAUUGUCUGCAUUACUGUUGACAGAUAUAUAUGCAUAAGGCAUCCAUUUGAAGGUCGGGCUAACCAAUCCCCCAAACGGGCUAUCAUGAUUUGCUGCUUCAUCUGGGCGGUAGCUUGGCUUUGCAGCAGCCCAAUGUAUGUGUUUCACAAGAAAGAUUAUUUUAAAUGCUUUCACAACAUGUCAGAACAGGCAUGGAGCAUCCCCCUCAUUGUUUCUGUGGAAAUCUUUGGAUAUCUGAUCCCACUCGCAGUGCUGGUUUUCUGCUCUGCCCAAAACAUCUGGAUCCUUCUGAAUCACAAAAGUCAAGAUAAAAAGAAGGUAGAAGGCAGUGGAUCCUUACGAGUCAUUAUCAUCAACCUCAUGGUGUUUUUGGUAUGCUUCACACCCGUCCACCUUGCAAUCUGCCUACAGUGCCUGGUAAGACAGCAUGUGAUAGUGGACUGCAGUCUGAAACAAACCAUCAGCCUCUUCAUUCAGGUGUCAAUGAUAUUAGCCAACCUGAACUGCUGCCUGGAUGCCAUCUUUUAUUACUUUGCUGCAAAAGAAUUUCGUGAGAAAACACACCUGAAAAAGGUUAUUGAACUAUGUCCUGUCUUUAAGCCUUGUGCCACAUGA